CGUCAUCGGUGGUCCCGACCGUCGUAUGUAUUGUCGUGAGCAACGGCGUCGACGCCAGCUCGAGCCCUACAAUGCCAUCCUCUCCACCCGUCUUUCAAGUCUCCCCUACUGUGCAGCAGUAUGACUGGGGAAAACGCGGUAUCUCCUCCAAAGUCGCUCAGUUUGCAAAAGCUGCCGCUUUGCCGAACUUUUCUACCAGAGAGGAUGCGUCCUAUGCUGAGCUAUGGAUGGGCACACACCCCACAUCCCCUUCCCUUGUGGCAUCUACUGGCGAGCCCCUUGGCAAAUACCUUGCAGCGCAUCCAGACCUUGUUGGGCAGAGCGUGAUCGAACGUUUCGAUGCUUCAGAUGGAAAUCUCCCAUUCUUGUUCAAGGUGCUCGCUAUCGAGAAAGCGCUGAGCAUUCAGAGCCACCCAGACAAGAAGACGGCAGAGAAACUGCAUGCCAAGCAACCAGACAUCUACAAGGAUCCAAACCACAAGCCUGAGAUGGCUCUUGCCUUGACACCGUUCACCGCACUCUGUGGAUUUCUACCUCUACCUCAGAUCGCCGCAUUCCUCAGUGUCGUGCCUGAGUUCUCGGCUCUUGUCCCGCCUUCCAUCUUGAAGUCCUUCCAGGAUAUUCAGAGCUCUUCUGAUCCCACCGAUCCCUCAGCCAAAUCUGCUUUGAAAGAUGUUUUCUCAGCCGUUAUGACAACCAACGAGUCAGAUAUCAAAUUUCAGCUCGACAUGCUUAUACAGAGAUAUUCUAUCGGAAAGGAGCAUGCCGAGGAAAGAACCAUCAAGGAUUUGGUUUUGACAUUGAACGAGCAGUUCCCUGGAGAUAUUGGCGUCUUUUGUGCAUUCAUGCUCAAUUACGUGCAGUUGAAGCCGGGCGAGGCGAUAUUCCUCGGCGCAGGAGAGCCGCAUGCAUAUAUUUCUGGUGACAUCAUGGAAUGCAUGGCGAACUCAGACAAUGUCAUCCGAGCAGGGCUGACACCGAAAUUGCGCGACGUGCCCAACCUCGUCUCCGGAUUAACAUAUACAGCUGCGCCAUGGACGAAGCAUCGGGUACAGCCCUCAUCGUUCCCCGCCCAAUCACCCACUUCAUUUUCCACCCUCUAUGACCCUCCUAUCCCCGAUUUUUCUGUUGUGCAAGUCGUUUUGCCACAAGACCACAAAGAACGUCAUCCGAAGGUGAAUGGGCCAAGCAUCGUGAUCGUGACGAACGGGAAAGGCAAGAUCAGCUGGACAGAAGGACAGCUGGACGUGUCCGAAGGCUACGUCUUUUUUGUGUCUGCAGGAUUAGAGAUCGAGAUCAGGGCGGAGGAAGAGCUGACCAUGUAUCGGGCGUUCGUAGAGGCAUAAGAUGGAAUUACGGAAGUAAGACGUUUGAAGAAAGACCUAUAUGUUUGUGAGUUGC